AUGUCCCGCCGUGCGAGCGCAGUCCGCGACCGGUGCUUGGAGCUGGAGCGCGUCAUCGCGGGACAAGCAAGGUCGGGGAGCCUCGGCCUCAAGGACGCGCUCAAGCUGUUCGAGGAAUUGCUGCCCAACGCCAGGCCCACCUCGGUUCGUGCUUUCAACAGCCUGCUUAACGUCGUCUCUCGCGCCCAAUGCCCUUCAGCCUCCGAGCUCGCUGUCUCCCUCUUCAACAGGAUGGCCCAUUCUUGCUGCAACAAGGUGCGUCCAGACCUGUACACAUACAGCAUCCUCAUUGGUUGUUUCUGUCGCAUGGGUCGCCUGGAGCAUGGCUUCUCUGUCUUUGGCCUCAUCAUUAAGACGGGAUGGAGGGUGGAUGAUGUAGUCAUCAAUCAACUGCUCAAGGGCCUCUGUGAUGUGAAGAGGGUGGGUGAGGCCAUGGACAUAUUGCUCCGAAGAAUGCCUGAGUUUGGCUGCAGGCCGGACAUAGUUUCCUGCAACACGCUUCUCAAGGGUUUCUGCAAUGAAAAGAGAGUUGAGGAGGCACUUGAUCUGCUGCACACGAUGGCUGAUGAUGGAGAUCGAAGCUGCACACCAGAUGUUGUGACAUACAACACGGUCAUUGAUGGCAUGUGCAAAGCUCAUGCAGUUGACAGGGCUGAGGGUGUCCUUCAGCAGAUGAUUGAUAAAGGUGUUAAGCCAGACAUCCAGACAUAUAACUGUCUGAUCCAUGGAUACCUCUCUAUAGGACAGUGGAAAGAAGUGGUUCAAAGGCUCGAAGAAAUGUACGCACGUGGUCUUCACCCAAAUGUUGUGACAUACAACACGGUCAUUGAUGGCCUGUGCAAAGCUCAUGCAGUUGACUGGGCUGAGGGUGUCCUUCAGCAAAUGAUUGAUAAAGGUGUUAAGCCAGACAUCCAGACAUAUACCUGUCUGAUCCAUGGAUACCUCUCUACAGGACAGUGGAAAGAAGUGGUUCAAAGGCUCGAAGAAAUGUACGCACAUGGUCUUCACCCAAAUGUUGUUACUUAUGGUUUGCUGCUGGACUAUUUAUGCAAGAAUGGAAAAUGCACAGAAGCCAGGAAGAUUUUUGAUUCUAUGAUUAGGAAGGGCAUAAAACCUAAUGUAACUAUCUACGGCAUUCUUCUUCACGGGUAUGCUGCUGAAGGAGCCCUUGCUGAUUUCCCUGAUUUCCUAGAUUUGAUGGUAGCAAAUGGUAUUUCACCUGAUCAUUACAUCUUCAACACUGUGUUCUGUGCAUAUGCUAAAAAGGCAAUGAUAGAUGAGGCGAUGCAUAUACUUAGCAAAAUGAGGCAGCAAGGAUUGAGUCCUAAUGUAGUCACUUAUGGAACAUUAAUAGAUGCACUUUGUAAGAUGGGAAGAGUGGAUGAUGCUGUGCUUAAAUUCAACCAGAUGAUCGAUGAAGGGGUGACUCCUAACAUUGUUGUUUUUAACUCCCUGAUUUAUGGACUCUGCACUGUUGACAGAUGGGAGAAGGCUGAGGAAUUAUUUUUUGAAAUGUUGGAUCAAGAAAUCCGUCCUGACAUCGUGUCCUUCAACACCAUAAUGUCUAACUUAUGUAAAGAAGGACGGGUCAUGGAAGCCCAGAGUGUGAUUGACUUGAUGGAACGUGUAGGCGUGAGGCCUAACGUUAUCUCAUAUACUACAUUAAUAGGUGGCCACUGCUUAGCUGGUAGAACUGAUGAAGCAGCAAAGUUACUUGAUAGUAUGGUCUCAGUUGGCUUGAAACCGAACAUUUUGUGCUAUGAUGCAUUGCUUCGCGGCUACUGUAAAACUGGCAGGAUAGACAAUGCAUAUUGUCUUUUCCGAGAAAUGUUGAGGAAGCAAGUUACGCCUGGAGCUGUGACUUACAGCACCAUACUGCAUGGUUUAUUUCAGACUCGGAGAUUUUCUGAAGCAAAGGAACUCUACCAAAAUAUGAUUAAAACUGGGAAACAGUGGGGGAUUUACACAUACAACAUAAUUCUAAAUGGGCUUUGCAAAAAUAAUUGUGUUGAUGAAGCAUUUGAAAUGUUCCAGAGUCUGUGUUCUAAGGAUAUUCAUCCUGACAUUGUUACUUUCAAUAUUAUGAUUGGUUGUUUGCUUAAAAGUGGCAGAAAGAAAGAUGCCAUGGAUUUGUUCGCUGCUAUCCCUGCCCAUGGUUUAGUUCUGGAUGUGGUGACCUAUCGCUUAAUGAUGGAAAAUCUCAUACAAGAAGGGCUGCUAGAUGAGUUUGACAAUUUGUUUUUAGCAAUGGAAAAGAGUGGAUGCACUCCAAACUCAUACAUGCUAAAUGGUAUAGUUAGGAGGCUGCUGGGUGGAGGUGACAUAAUGAGGGCUGGGGCUUACCUCUCCAAAAUUGAUGAAAUGAACUUCUCACUUGAGGCUUCCACUACUUCCUUGCUAAUAUCAUUUUUCUCGAGGGAGGAAUAUAAGAACCUUGCAAAGUCCCUACCUGAGAAGUACCAUUUUCUUGAGGAGGUCAACAAAUGA